AUGGUCACCUCACUUAGUUCGCCCGGCAUAAGCAAUGAGCACCCGGAGAGAGGGGAACCGGACGACAAUACGAAAAAUGGAGCCGCGGAAAAGGCAGCAGAUGAUCUGACGGAAAGGAACAAGAGGUGGGAAAUGGCCUUUGCAGCCCGGAUGAGGGAGAUUGUGCCUGGUCUCUUCCUUGGUAAUGUCGAGGCCUCGUACAAGCGAGAAAUGCUGCGAGAGAAUCGUAUCAACGCCAUAGUCUCACUGACCGAUGCUCGGUGGGUAUGGUGGAAUAGCACUACCAGAGAAGCUGGGAUUCCAGAAUAUCGUCACAAAUGGGUUCAAUGCGCCGAUUCGUCAACGCAGGACCUUCUAGUUCAUAUGAGCGACAUCUGUGACUUCAUCGACCAGAUGGCUUCUCCAGUCUUACAAUCAUCAUCUACUUUACCAGUCGAACAUGAGCACGGAUUGAGUGACAAGCCGCGCGAGACACAUUCAGAGGCUGUCUUGGUCCACUGUGAUCUGGGAAUAUCACGUUCCCCCACUGUCAUCAUUGCAUAUCUCAUGCGCAAGUACGGACUCAAGCGAGAGGAUAUUCUUGCAUUUGUUCAAUCCAAGCAGAAAGUCAAGCCAAGUGCCAACUUUACGCGGCAACUUGAAAUCUGGGAGCAGACAGGAUACGAAGUGUGGGAGGACGAGGAGCGAACAGUCCCGAAAGCGCCAUACCGAGCGUUUCUGGAAGGCCGAGCAGCUCUUCUGAAAAGAAAGGGGCUCACAGGCAAUGAGCCUCUGGCGCCCCUGAACCUUUAG